AUGCGAGUACAGGAGAUGGUUCUAGACAAUGACUCAAGCGAGUCACAGGAUCUCUAUGAACAUCACUUUUCCUCUAUGUCCAAAUAUUCUCGAUCUGAUGUUCGAUUUCCUCCCCUAUCUACCCCUCGACGGCGAGCACCUUCAGUCACAUCCAUCCAGGACAUCAGCGAUCAGCCGCGCGCCAAUGCGAAUGGGCAGUCUGUAGGGGUAUUGACCAUCAAGGCGACCAGCACACCCUUGCAGGAGAUGGACCAAUUGAACAUUCAAAUGUGGGAUGAUUCUCAUGCGCCAGAAGAUGCACAUCCAACAGAACCCUCGAAUUCUCUCGAGGAUUUGCCCCUCGAGGUCCAGGGGAGGAUCCUCGACCACAUAUUCGGAGACAUGCAUUCUAUCUACGCCGGGUCCACAUCGUUACGAGGCAAAAGUGUAUCAUCUCUCAUGAGACAUCCAAGAAGGAAAGCUGUGUCCGAUCUGUCUCUGGUAUCUGCAUCCUGGAGGGAAUUGGUCCAGGAACGAAUCUAUCGCCAUAUCAAAAUCAAAGGCACUCGGACGGGCCUUGAUGAGUCUAAGGAAUACUUCAUCAACCAUCUGCAUCUCACUAAACACGUCCGCCAUAUCGAGUUCUGGGUUCCCGUCUGGGGAGAUAGGGCCUCCUUCGACAAUCGCUCGCUUGACACCUUACUCCCGGGGGGCAACGACCGAGCUGCCAACCUCCAGCUCGCAUACCAAGCCAAUGAAAGCCUCUUCCCUGCCAACGAUCUAUUGGGCUUUAGCUUCAAACUCUCAGCAUACAGCGCCACAUUGUCCCAGAUCUUCUCGCAUAUCGCCUGCUUUUUCCCUGAAGCCCGUGUCUUCACCCUCGAAGGCGGCCACUGCAAGAAAUCCAACAUGAUCAGACACUUCCCCAAGAUCCUCUACCCGCCUCCAAAUCAAGCGUUGGAACCACUCCCCAACAUCCGCACCUUUGCCAUGCGAGGUGCCUGGAACAUCAUGCGUGAGCGCAAACACUGGCAGAACAUCGAGGCCGCGCUUCCCAAUGUCGAAGAAUGGCAUUGCGGCUAUGCAAAGCCCCGACCGGAAGCCGACACCACCAUCAACGAUAUCCUAUACGACCUGCCCAUGCGUUUCCGGCACGUCAACAUCUCCCUCGACGGCAUGUACAGCAAAGACCCCACGACACUCGGCUCCUCCUCCUCCUUCCCAAGCCAACCACAUCUCUGCGAACGCCUCGGCCGCGUCCUGCCCAACCUGGAAUCUCUGUCCUUCACUGGCAAGAUCUGCGAAUGCCUGUGGAGCUCUGCGCUGUCUCAACUCCAAUCCUCCCGGGCCGAACACCCACCGCGCCUGAAAGCGCUCGAAAUCGUGGUCAAGUCCUGCUGCCGGCAGCGUGUGACCGAAACCGACCCGGAGACGGGUGAGGCGGUGGUGCACGAGCUGGGCGGCGUGAUCGCCGACGGGGCGGGCAUCACGAAUCUGGUCUUCAUCCGCGCGUUUGAGCGGCUCGUGCUCAAGACCGUCGAGGCGUUGCCGUACCUCCCGAACCUCGAGUACGUGCGGAUCCGCUUUAUCGACCUCGACAGCCCGUGCACGCUGCUGAAUCCGUACUGGCAGCUGGAGAACGGCCGGGUGUAUGGCAUCUGGAACGAGGAGAUCGUCGAUAGGCUGAGUGAAGUGCGUCCGGGAUUAUUCUACGAGGAACUCGGCGAUGGCAUCGAGUAUGCGGGCUGGCACAAGAGCCAUAGUGGCUCCAGGGCCGGCAGCGGUGAUCUCAGCCAAGGAGCUACGGGUUCGUCGUCGGCGAUGUCGAAUCACAAUAGCACCACCACCACCAACAACAACAGCAACACCAAUAAUGGGAGUUCCUCCGGUAGCGGUUCCGCCGGGAGUGGCAGCUCGCUCUAUCCCAAGUGGAAGCCCCGGAGCAUCAAGACAAGCAGCUACAAGAUCGUGGCCGAGGCGAGAGGGAGCUGA